AUGUGUUUCGAACCAGCACCAAGCUUCACUCAGGACAAGUCAAACUUCUUCAAAACGUCUCGUGAAUGUCUUCUAUCCAAUGUGGAUGUGAACUCAGACCUCGAAAAGCAAUGGAGCUACUUCCCAUACUAUGUGAACAAAUGUGCACCACAGAAUCGUCUGAUGGUGCAAGGUUUUUCGAAUACCGACGAGCUCAAGUACCAUGUACUGCCUACAAACGACGUAAGUGCCUGUGCCGUAUACCUAUGUGAAGACUGCAAUACCGUGUGCCGAACAUGGGGUGCGGAUCCUGUCAACGAGACCAAUGCUGAUAUUUUUCCUGAGGUCGGAAAGUUCUACAACAUUGCCGUCGGCGCUGAAAACGGUACCUUCAGAUCAUACGUGUUGGAAGACAUUUAUCGAUACCAGGAGGUGAAAUAUGUCGAUAUCGCCACUUUCUUACGGAACUAUGUAAAAAGACCAGUUAUCGACCAGCUCAUGAUUGAUAUCGAACAUGCUGAAUAUCCAAUGUUACCGUUCCUACUAAUGGACGGGCAAUUGGCACGUGAUAAAAUCUUGAUUUGCCAGAUGAACAUCGAAGUACAUCGGCCGAAUCCAGAACAACUAAAGCAGUUUUUCGAUUUCUUCCAGCAAUUAAUGAAAGAAAAGCAAUGGACUCUGAUGAGCGCAUCAAGCAUAAUUGGACAUCUGAGGCUUUUCAUGAUCAACCAUGGCAGCGAGGAAUGUCACAAGCGAUACAUCGGUGCACUCUAUCAACGGGACGAUCUUGACGUUACAGAUCCAAAAACAUAA